CCAAUAAGUCUGUGACCACAUAGUGUCAAUUUUUAUAGCCCCACGAGUAAGCACAAUGUACAGUGAAUCAGAAUUUGUACAAAGAUACGUUACACAACAGAAGUAACAGUAUUGUUUUGUCCACAAAAAGUAAGCCACCCACCAAAGUCCAAACAAAGAAACAGUAGGCAGGAACAAUCACAUUUAAUAAUAACGUCACAUAAAGGGAGACAAGUAGGAUCAUGCUAUUUAGAUUUUCCAAGAUCUUUCAGUAUCCAUUAGUAGAUUUCUUUCCCUUUCCCCUCUCUCUCCAUAUCUACUUCAACUAGUACUAUAUAUUUACUCCUUCCACCAAUUCUCUACUGUACGUCCGAUUCUAUAGACAAAAUAUAACAGACCCAUUUUUGUAGUGGAAAAUAUGGCUGCUGACUAUUCUUUAAGUGGUGCACAGGAAUUGCAUGUUUUAGCCGUUGAUGAUAGUCAUGUGGAUAGGAAAGUUAUUGAGCGAUUGCUGAAAAUCUCUUGCUGUAAAGUGACAGCAGUUGAGAGUGGAAGGAUGGCUUUGCAAUAUUUGGGUUUGGAUGGAGAGAAGAGUUCUCUGGGGAUUGAUGAAUUGAAGGUGAAUCUGAUAAUGACUGACUAUUCUAUGCCUGGAAUGACAGGAUAUGAACUUCUCAAGAAGAUCAAGGGAUCUUCGACGUCGAGCAAAAUUCCUGUUGUGAUUAUGUCAUCAGAAAAUAUUUUAACUCGUAUUGAUAGAUGUUUGGAGGAAGGGGCCAAAGAGUUUCUCCAGAAACCUGUCAAGCUUUCCGAUGUUAAACGACUGAAAGAUUUCAUUUUGAGAGAGGAGAAUGAUAACAAGGAAACAGAGGAAAUGAAACAAGGGAGUUGUCACAGAAAGAGAAAACUUCAAGACUGUUCAUUGUCAUUGACACAACCUCAUGAUAUACCAUCAUCACCAAAAUGUUCAUCAACUCCGUUAUUGAAACAUUCUCUGUUGAAGCACCCAAAGAUUGCCUAAGCCUAACACUGAUUCAUAUGAUUCCUACUUUUGCUUUUUGAUUUAACUAGGACAGUCAGCCUUGACACACUCGAUCUGUAUAAGGUCAUUUUUGUUUGUAUUACAACAAACACAAUUUUGUACAUCCUUUAGCUUAUUACUAUCUCACUAAUCAGUGCAAUUAAGCUACCUUUGCACU